AAGCUUUUGAGAAUGAAAUCUCACUAGAAGACCAGGUCGAUCCAAACUUUAGCUGAAGUCUGGUCAACCUAGUCUUUAGCUGUAGGCCGGUCAACAUAGUCUAAACUUCAGCUGACAUCCGGUCAUGGACGAGGGUAGUCAAAUCCCACCCAAUCUAGUUCGUAUUCGGAGCCAGGGUUCUAAUGCAGGAUUAUCCAGGAACCGGCACAGCACAGGGAGCGUACAGCUGUACAGUGGACUGUGGACAGAUUUCCCACCAUUUGAAUCCAAACCGGUUUUAUACCCUUCCAUAUCACCACCCGGAUACAGUGAUACCAGACAAAUCCCCGAGACAAGACCUCAACCGACGCAGAUAUCAAGUUCUUCCUAUGGGGGUGGGAGUUUAAAAAGUCCGACGCUAGAUGUCUCUGGUGUUGCCCCUGGCGGUAGAAUUGAGGAACUAGACCGGGACGAGGAAGAGGAUGAUGGGAAUGAAAAAACACCCCUAAUAGACUCAGCAACCCUGGUUCUUAAAGCCAAGAGCAGUAUGAAGAGGAGUACCAGCGGUGGUGUAAAUGUUAGAAUAGGAUUGGAAGAUGAAGAAGAGAGAACCCCCUUGAUUAGACAGCUAUCGGGGGAAAAUAUUAGAAGUGGAGUGCUCAGAAAUAAUAACAGACCAAGAACUCAGCAGAGUGUACGGAUUGAUACUGAUGAUUAUCCUUCAGAACCCAGCGAUUCAUCAAGAGUAAAACUUGUUGGUGCGGUAGAAUUAAAUAUAUUUAAUAAGUGUAAGGUGCUGGUGAAGGAUAAUUAA